AUGCCCACGAGAGGACAGGCGCUGUUCAUCGCCUAUCUCAUAUUUAUCAACGUGGUUUUAUGCGCGGUAGGCUUCAACUCAGCUGACCCAAGUGCAUGGUACACUUCCAAUCAUCUCGAGAUCCUCACCUACGUCAGUAACCGCGCUGGGAUCCUGAGCUUUGCAAACAUUCCACUGCUGGUUCUCUAUUCCAGUCGUAACAAUAUCCUACUCUGGUUAACCAACUGGUCCCACUCCACCUUCCUGCUUCUCCACCGCUGGAUUGCUGCAAUUUGCGUUAUCGAAGCCUGCCUCCACUCCGCCAUAUACUUGCAUAUAUACAGCGCACAAGGUGAACACUCCAGCGAAAGUCAGCGCGCAUACUGGUACUGGGGUAUUGUCGCGACGCUGGCGAUGGUUCUUAUCGUCCCAGGUUCAAUGCUACAAGUUCGCCGACGGUUUUAUGAGUUUUUUCUUGCCUGGCAUGUGAUAUUCUUUUUGUUAGCGAUGGUCGGGUGUUGCUUACACAUUUACUACCGAUAUGACUUUCAAUGGGGAUACGAGAACUGGAUAUACAUGGCCUUGGCAAUAUGGGGGUUUGAACGCGGAAUGCGCAUUCUGCGGUUUGCGAGACAUGGAAUCCGCACCGCUCAGGUGUCUAUCGUGGAUGAUGAAUAUAUUAAGUUGGAGAUCCCAGGGAUCGCGGCCGACGGUGAUGUAUACCUUUACUUCCCGACCUUGACAUGGCGAGUCUGGGAGAAUCACCCUUUCUCAGUAAUGACGGAUGUCUGUCAAGGUACCGAUACGGGGUUGUCGACAACCAGAAUCACGACCGAUAAGGACAGACUUCCUAUAUCUUGGACUGAGAAGGGAGAGAGUCUGGACAAGAUGUCCCUUGCCGAGAUAUCUAAUGCACCAUGCCAACGAGGGUUGGUGUUCUAUAUUCGAACUCAGUCGGGCAUCACCAAAUAUCUCCGCGGCACCAAAUCAAAGUUCCCAGUUCUUGUUGAGUCUUCGUACCAUCCAGUGGUCCUUUCAAAGCCUAAUCCCUCGGGCAUGACCAAUAUUAUUGCGAUCGCAGGGGGCGUUGGGGUAACAGCGUCAGCGCCCAUAUUGAUGCGCCACGAGGGAUGGCAUAGGUUGUUCUGGGCAGUACGCAGUAAGCCCUUGGCUGAUUCUGUGGCAGCGUCGCUUGGUGCCGAUCGAUUCAAUCGAUUGAAUGCUGUGGUAUUCCAAGAUAAUCGUAUGGAUAUUUCUCGCAUUCUCCAGGAGGAAGUCUCCAGGUGUGUGGGAACAGAGGUCGCUGUGAUUGUCAGUGGUCCAGCAAGAAUGGCGGACGAGAAAUUCAUGUUUGAUUAUACCGAUUUCGUACUCUCAAGCGAGUGUUUUUACUCUAUCAAAGCAGGGAUGAGUGGCUAA